ACGUGACAGAUGCGGAAGUUGGCGCCGGUCGAAAUCCAGCGAAAGGGGAGUUGAAUCGUGGCUCAGUGGAGUGGAUGCAUCAUUUGUUCAUCCUUCUUCGUUGUUUGAGGUUCCAUAUUAUUUUGUCUCUCGGUGACUUGGACACAACCGAUAAGGACACUAACUGCACUGUGUGCGAAUUUAACCUCAAUUGCAGAAUUUACAAGAAUGACAACAAUGCCUUGCUAGCUGAUGAUCGCGCUGCUGCAGUGUGUGGGUCGUGGAGUGAUCUUCAAGAAAACGGCAGAAAAAAUAUCCGGGUUGUUUUGAGGCUGGGCCAUAGAGAUGACCAGGCUGUGACGGGUGGAUUCUGUAUAGGAUUGACCCUGGCAUGGCUACUGCUAGGAAGAGCUCUGCGGCAAAGGCGGGGGCCGUCAGUUUCUCAGAAGAGCCAGCCACCGCUAUUGCUGCCGCCGGCACCCCCUCCCAUGUCCACUUUGACGAGAAGCUCCACGACUCUGUCGUCAUGGUGAUUCCUCAGCCCGAUGGGAACUUCAUGGUCAAGGUUGGUUUUCUGAAGACCCAGCACAAGUAUGAGAUUGUCUUCGACCUCCCUGAGGUUCCGUCACUGGGGCAGGCUGUGUGUCCAGCUCCUGUACCCAACCAGCACAUCUGCAUCACCAAUAUCACUCCUGUAGCAGAGGGUGGUCUGAGAGUGACGUGUGAGUACAUGGCCCAUCAGGAGGGGGUGGUAUGUGAGGAGGUGAUGCUGGUCAGUGAGAGCCAGGUGGAAGUCUGUGUGGGGGUCAAGGUUCAAGCCCGCGUCAUGGACCGUCACCAUGGUACACCCAUGUUGUUGGAAGGAGUGCGUUGUGUGGGUGUGGAGCUGGAGUAUGACUCUGAACAGAGUGACUGGCAAGGAUUUGACUAGACCAGGCAAUGCGACACACACACACACACACACACACACACACACACACACACACACACACACACACACAUUCAAACAAAAAGACAGUGCCACAUAUAUUGGAAUUCAUCAUCGACUCCAAACUAUCCAUUCAAGAUGUUUUGGUCCAAAAGGAGGAUGAAAUUAGGAAAUAGACAGUGGUUAUUUUUUUAAAGCAAGGCUAAUGUGAUCAGAUCUCUGUUGAGCAUACCUCCAGUAUAGUUAGUUAAUGCAUCUGAAAUGCAUUGAAACAGGUACUAUUUUUUAAUUGUCAUUAGUACUGCAAUGAUAUACGUCAUCCAACUGCCCAUGCCUUUCCACUGCGUGCCCCUAUGUUGUUGAAUAUGUUUUCUGAGUAAACCUAUAGGGGGCAGCAAAGCUCGCGUAAACAAUUCAGCCCAUUUCACCCAGCCUGGCUUUAACAGUACCCAUAGGGGUCGACAAAGACCACUAAAUGUAUCCCUCCCAUCUGACAUGGAGGGAUUGAAAAUGACUUAUUUUAAGUUCAUAAUAAUAAUUAUACGCUAUGAAUCAAUUGCAAGUGCCUAUGUUGCUGUACAGCUUUUACCAUCAACAACUGCCUUCUAUCCCUUGCCUAGUUAAAUAAAUCAAAUAAAAAUUUAACAAAAUAAUCCAUCUACCAAUCACUAACCUGCCCUCCCUCCCCCAAACCCCUCACCGUUCUCUCUGAGCACUGAUACUCUUGUUGCAAACUAAUCUCUUUGUAAGAAGUAUAGUUAGUCACUGUUUACUGUCAAUGGUUAGUCAUUGUAAAUGAAUAUUCCCAUCAAUUAAGAAUAUCUAGUACAAUCAAUCUCUGUAUUUCACAUAGCUAAGUGGAAUUAAACCUGUUUUCUUUAUCAAAUCAGACAAUCUACAUGUGUUAAAUGUGUUCGCCCUUAAUUGUUUUUAUAUUUGUGUAUAAUAGGCUCUGUAAUGUCUUGAAGUUAUCCCUUGUUAUCGGGUGUCCAUACUAAAUCCACGCUCCCAGUUUGAGGUCAAUUUCAUUUAAAUUCCAAUCGAUUCACGAAGUACACUGGAAUUCCAAUUGUCUUCCAUGCUUUUCAAUGUGGAUCAUUCGGAAUUGGAAUUUUGUUUGCUUUCUGAAUUGACUCUAACCCUGCCAUGCUUCAAACGAUAGUGAAACGGAUCGUGGAUUCAGUUUGGAUACCAUCCGAUCUUGUCCCAUCGACAGGUUAAGAGUAGAAAAAGAGGGGCCACUAUUGUUCAUGCAGUCAGACUGAUCAAAAUAAUAUUCUCCACCCACAUUGUGAUAGGCAUCAUGUCUGUUCUUAGCAGGGUUGGGUCAAUUCCAUGUCAAUUCAGAGAGUAAACCAAAUUCCACAUUUCUAAUUCAAAAGCGUUUAAAAGAAUUGGAAUUUCAUUGUACUUCCAGAAUUGACCCCAACCCUGGUUCUUAGGUUACUGUAAUGAGGGAUUACUGUACUAGGAGGGGUGUAGCAUUUUGUCAGUCAAUACACUACACAAUACAUGUUCCCUUAUAGAUGUUGGUUGUUGUGAUCGCUCUUAUUUUGUUAUGCCAUGAAAUAAUAAAGUUUAUGUAUUUAAAAAUAA